UCCGAGGUUCCAGGCUGGAUCCGGAGGCGCCGAAUGCGAGGGAAAUGUCAAGAAGUCGAUUGCUGUAGUGCUGAGCUGAAAUAAAGAGGCGGCCAUUUUUGAAACCAAAAUGGCGGCGGAGAGUUUUGCCGAGGCUUUGCAGAGACUGAAGGAGAUUCAUGACAAGGAGGUGCUGGGUAUGCAGGCAAAACUUUCAGAUCUGACAAUGGAAAAGUGCCGUGACGCACAGAGAAUCGAGGAGCUGUUUUCCAAGAACCACCUACUGCGGGAACAGCACAAGGUCCUCAAUGAAAAUAUCAAAGUGCUGGAGAACAGGUUGAGGGCCGGAUUGUGUGACCGAUGCACAGUAACACAGGAGUUGGCCAAAAAGAAACAACAGGAGUUCGAGAGUUCCCACUUACACAGCCUGCAGCAGAUCUCUGGCCUCACCAAUGAAAUGAAAAGUUUAAAGGAAGAAAACCGAUCCCUUCUGGAGGAGCUGAAGAAGCAACAGUGUUUGGACAACAAACACCACCAAGCCUUUUCCCCAGAAAUCAAGGCCGGGCCGGACUCCCCGCGAACGCUGUCGGCCUCCAUAAGUCAGAGGAACGGAGUGGAGAAAUCAAGUAGAGAGGAAGAGUCACCGGAGCGCGCGUCUGAUCCUCAGGUUUCAGAAGAGAAAUAUCCUGUGGCGGCCAAACUCUCUCCGGGAGGAAAGACACCACACAUCCUAGGUCCUGAGACUCACAUCCAGGAGAACCACAUUCCCAUGGCACAGAAGAUAUACCUAAGCUCACUGAACCAGCAGAAAAUCUCCAAUCAGCUUCACGGGACCAUCGCGGUGCUGAGACCGGGUUUCCGGAGCGGACGUGCUGGAAUACCAUCCUCCCUUAAUAAACGGGCUUCAAGCAAUGAAAUGUUUCCCAAGGCAAGUGGUGUGGAUCCCAAUGAUGCCUCAUCACAGCUUGACUCUCUAAAACAUAUCCCAGAAGAGCAAAUGUGUUUCCUGCGACAACAUCUGGCACAAAGGCGGCUCGGCCCACAAGCUCCUGUAGCCAUGGGAGAUGGACGCUGUAUUCUAACCAAAGGCCAAGACACAGAGGCCACCAGGAAAGUUCCCCAAGAUGAUUGGGAUGAGAGGGUAGCGAUGGCCGAGCUCCAUGGUGCUAUGAUGUUCCUGAGAGACCGUGGGUUUAGAGGAAGGGUGUUACACCCAGACCAGAGAGACAGGCUUAAUUACAUUCUGACCAGACAACACCAAGGACAGAGGUCACCAAAAUCCCCAGGUGAUGUUCCAGCUUCUCAACGAAGAGACAGCAUUGAUGAAGGAGAGCUGUCGCUGCUCCAUAUGCUUAGCGCUCGCUGGAAGAACAAGCAGCAUGAAAGCCAGACUGAGGAGAAGGAACCGGAUAUGAAAGAGCCAAAGUACGAAGUACCCGAGAAGAGGCAACAAGACGAGCCAACGCCAGAUAAGCCCCUCGAUCUAUCUGAUGCCAGGCGAGGGCAGCCAAGCUACUGGCCGGGCAGCCAAAGAGAACAGAGAGGGCCACACGAAGGGUAUAGCACAAGCCCAACUUUCACAAAUAACUUCUCUCCUCAAGCCGCGAAUACUGAUGUAAGGGGCUCAGAAGAGAGCAGGUUGUUGGGGAGUCUAGUGAAGGAAGAAAACGCUUGCAACGAGGAGGAAGUCACCAAAGAUAUGAAAAGGAAUUCUUCCCCUUCCGCCGACAAAGAAAGAGACGGAAUAUCUGGCAAAAGAUCGACACGGGGGCAUAAAAGAGAAAGAUCUCUGGAAACAGAUUUGGAGGAAGAGGAGGACCUGGAGAAGGACGAGCAGUCGCCCCAAAUGGAUUUCAAUGAGAUGGAAACAUCUGACAGUGAGCCUGAAACAGAAAGCACCCACCUUGCUCUAAAUGAGGGGCAGCGGGACGGCUUCAUCAAGGACAGGAUUAUCCGAAAACACAAAUGGACCAAGAAGGGGCAUCAAGGGGCAGUGUCAAGCAAAUAUAUGAAAAGGAAGAAGAAAGCUCUUCUAACAGAGAGUGACGCUUCCCAAGAAUAAGCCUAUUAUUCAUAAGGAAGAGCAUUAAAGAUACCUCAUGGGCUAAAGGACAGCAUGAAAGAGACCAACUGAUUCAAGCAGGAACACUUACCCUUUAUUUAAGGAGUGGGAACAUAUAAACAGGCCCAGACCAGGCCCUAUGUAUAUAUGAAAUACUGAGCUCUUCUGGUAGUCUCUAAGCCUGUAUAAAGAAAUUAACACAGUGGAUGGGACAUCCAUCAGUGCAAAGUAGAACCUGAACCUGAAUUCUAAUAUGGAUUAAGCGUCCUCACCUGUAAAUAUUCUUCAAUGCAAUUCAAAGUGAGACUUUGGACACCACAGCGCUAUAGUUACAUUUAUCGACUGAGAUCCAUUGAUGGAUUACGUAUGUAAAUGUAUGGAUUCUAUAAGGACCAAUUAGAGAUUCCAAACUCAUGCUUCCGUGUAGAAUCAUGAAUUCUAAUAUUGGGAUGAGUGUGAGCUACCAUAUUGUUUCCCAUAAAUAGUAUGAAACUACCAUUUUA